UCACCUUCCUCCUCAUCUAACCCAAACCCUACUUUCUUUCUGUUCUAAGGACGGCCACUGCGACUGCUCGCUUACUGCCAGCAAUCGCAGUAGUCAUCCUAAGAACUUAGACAAACAUUUUCGUUUGCGGAUAACUGGAGUAGAAACCAAAACUAAUGGAUAUUUAUGGUAUGCCGUCCGCCGGACAAGACGUGUUCGGUGUUGACGACCUCUUUGAUUUCUCCGGUGACCGCGAUGACGUGUUUGCGCCUUCUACCGCCACCACCACCGCCACACAGUUAUUCAACAGCGACUUUCAGUACAGUUUCAACAACAAUAAUAAUAAUACCACUACCGACUUCACGGACCACUUCUGCGUUCCGAGUGAUGACGUGGCGGAGCUCGAAUGGCUAUCAAAAUUUGUCGACGAUUCCGUCAGCAAUUUUCCGGCGAACAACAUCGCCGGAACUAUAAACUUCCGACCAGAAAACCCUUCGUUCCACAGCAGAUCAAGAACAAAGAGAACUAGAGCACCGUCAAACAACACAAGUUGGGCAUCAACACCUAUACCCACCACUCACUCCUCCGAAACGUCGUGUGAAACGACGUCAGAACCUAACGCCGCUAGGCGUUGCACACACUGUGCGUCUGAAAAGACGCCACAGUGGCGCACUGGACCAUUAGGUCCCAAGACGCUAUGCAACGCCUGCGGCGUCAGGUACAAGUCGGGCCGGCUAGUCCCAGAGUAUCGUCCGGCGGCCAGCCCGACGUUUGUGCUGACUCAGCAUUCUAAUUCUCACCGGAAAGUUAUGGAACUCCGCCGCCAAAAAGAAAUGAUAUUAGGAGGCGACCAACACCGCUAUCAACACCAACACCAACAACAACUACAACGAGUAGUUACAUCAGAACACCAAAUAUAUGCCGGCAGACACAACUACCGACAAUAACAACGACGACGACUACAUCAUUGCAACAACUACGAGACUUGCUGACGACAGUUACUAAGUUAUAGUAACUGUCGGCAGCCGUAACGGCCCUGAAACCGUAACUGAUGUGAAAGUAGUUUUAACGGAAGAGAUCAAAAGGUAGUUAUGAAUUUCAGAUCUUCAUGAUGUGACUUUUUUUUGUAUGUUAAUUUAAGGAUUUUAUAAUAAUAUGUUAAUUUAAGGAUUUAUAAUAAUUUUAAAUAUCAUACGGUCAGUACGGUCCUUAGUGUACCUAAGA